CUGUCUUUUGGUCCAAUCAAUAAUCCAUAGCAAAGUUUUUUUUUUAUCAACCUGUCACGAAACCCUAAGAACUCUCUAUUCCUCAAGCCGUAGGUCUGAGUAACCGCUGGAACGCUCUUUAAGACUCUCUCAUAAAGGUUCACAUUCAAUCAUAGUUAAAUCGAUCCCCACAACGUAUUUCACCCCAUCCGUGCUCUUCAGCUUCUCUCUGAUCUCUCCGAAGCUAUGAUUUCCACAGAUUCAUCGCUCCUCUCUACUAAAAAUUUAGAAAACCUCUUGCAAGAACAAUGGCCGCUUCCCAUAUCUCUCUUUCCGAGUAAGCCAGGGCGUUGCACACGAACAAUUUUCGGGAAGCUAGAAAUGUGAAGAAAACUGGUGAACUCAUGGGUGUUGACAUGCUGUUCUUGGAUCAUAAGGGUCAUCUCUCACACCCAAGCGUCUGUAUCUGUUCAAGCUUUAGUGGCUUGAUCUUACGAGGAGAAACAAUCAUUUCAAGCUCUGUGAUUCCAUCGUCGCCAUCAGACUUGACGAGUUUACGAAGAUGGACGAAGUAACUAUUGUUGCAAACCUGAUUCCAUCGGAAAUAUUUAGGUUCCGUAGUGUUGAUCAACUCAUGGCUUUGGCUAAUACUAACGUCGAGCUACCAGACAUCAUUGGGGAGGUUUGACAUCAGGGCAACAUACAAUGAUGACACUCAGACCACCCAGCGUCUUUUGAUUAACAUUCGGCUAGAUAAGUAAAUUCUCUCACAACCUACAAAUUAAUGCUUUAUUUCAAAAAAAAAAAAUUGUCACCGGUGCCGGUAAUUUCUAAAUAAAGAACUUUCCUUUGCAGGGAAUCAACUGUAUGCGUUAGUGUUUACGAUAGCCUGGCUGAAAUCCUCCACAUGAGACUAGAAGCUGGUGUUGUCCACCUUAAAGUGAUGGUAGCAACCAACAUCAACCCCAAGUUUAUGGGAGGUCGUCGUUUCCUCAAUUCAACUUCUGGGAUACACUUUUACUUUGACAAUGAUGUGAUAGCAAGCCAGAGCUUAUUUGAGGAAUACAUUACUUUUUCCACACGUUUAUAAGGCCCAUGAUACAUAUGACUAUAUCCAUCUACUUAUUUCAUACCAUUUUCAGGCUGUCUUCCAGCAAUGACUCCACCAGUGAGAAGCAAUACCGUGGUGUGCAAAAGCUGGAGGCUAUUUCAGUAGGGGAGUUGAACAUCUACGUUCUGGAGACACCCCACAAGCUAUUGAGCGCUUAUGCAAAGCCACAAUUGUUUCUCUGGAAACUUCAAACAUAUGGUGUUACAUCUCAUGUGCCAAGUGUUCGAAGAAGCUCCAGCGAGGAAUUUAUUUCUUCUCAUGCUCUACAUGUUUCAAUGUAAAUGUUGUUGGGGUUGUCAGGUUGAGAUACUGAUGGGCGAAGGUGAAGAUACAGCUUUGAUUGUUGUAUUUGACUCUGCUAUGACCAAGCUGACAUGUGUCAGGGCUGCAGAGGUUGUGAAUCCAAUGGGACAGGGUGAUCAAGACCCAGCCGACUAUGAAUUUCCACAAUUGCUCCAGGACAUUGUUGGGAAUACAUACAUAUUCCAUCUCAAGCUCAAUGAGGCCAAUUUCUCAUCUCACCAUAAGUCCUUCACCGUCGCUAGGAUCUUUGACCACAAUGAGAGAAUCUCGGGUCCUACCUUUGCACCGCAUGGUGGUGGUAACAAUCAUGAUGAUGAUAUGCAUGGAUCAAAUUGUGCUUCUUGCAAGUACCAUCUUGGUGACUCCUCUACAGGUGGUAAUCCCCCGGAAGCUGGUGAUGAGCCCAUAGAAACAUCAGAUGCUGUGCAGCCAACAUCAAACACUGAGCAGAAGGAAUCCAUUGUUGAGAAUGUUGAUGACCCUCAUGGAUCACCAACAGAGAAUAAAUCCAAGAAAUGCUGAGCACCAUGGAGUAGCAUACCCAUCAUUUUCACCUAAGCUUUGGCUUUUUUAAAAAUUACUUUACAUUUUCAACUAAGGGUUAGGACACGUAAGUCCACCAUCUAAAUAAAUGUUUAGUUUGCUUCUGGUACUGUUACUCGGUGAAGAUUUGAACUUCUUUAUGUUUUCAAGAAAGGGUUAGGACACUUUGUCCCCCCUCUGAUUAAAUAUAUAUUAUGCUUCCGAGUUCUGAUA